AUGUUCAUUUUAAAUGCUCAAGUCUUUACUCUUUUAUUUUUAAGUGUAUCUUGCAUUGACAAAAAAGAAAACUUGAAGACGCAGGAGCGUCUGUUUUUAAGUUCACUGGGUCUCUCGAGUCGACCUAAACCAGCGGCCCGUUUCCCCGUGCCUUCUCUGCUCUGGAAAAUCUUCAGGAAAACCAACGUGGAGGAGUCCCCUGCUCGUGAAAGCGAUCCCUGUACUGUGUCUGAGUUUGGUGUCCGAGGAAAUAUUGUAAGAUUUGUCCAAGAUCAAGGUAGAGUCAUUUCUGGAUCCAGCAGUCAGUGUCCAGAGUGUGUGGAGAAACUCCUCUUCUUUAACAUGUCUGUGCUAGAGGAGGCUGAGCAGCUAACGUUUGCACAGCUGGAAAUAAAAUUCAAGCAGGACCUAUACCACCUGUCGCCACGGGCAGGGCCGGAGGUGUUUAGCCUGUCCCUCUACAAGGUCAUAAAGGCCACGUUGAAGGGCAUCUCUCCUGAGUCGAGCCGGAAGCUCCUACUGUCUCAGUCGGUGCGGCUGGUGCCGGGGUCCAUCUCAUUGAACCUGACGGACAUCGUCUCGGCCUGGAGGAAACCAGGCCGAAACUACGGCCUGCUGCUGAUGCUGCAUCCCAGCAUGGCGAGCGUGAACAGCGACCCUAUGACCCACUUUCUGGAGAAUGCCAUAUCCCCGCCCCAUGUCACCGUGCUCCCGGAGAUCCACACGUCUCUGGUCCUGGUUUCUCUGAACCCCCAGCAGUGCCGGUCGAGACGCAGGAGAAGCGCCUACUAUCUCCCAGUGACCCCCAGCAACGUGUGCAAGCCCCGGCGACUCUACAUCGACUUCAAGGACGUGGGGUGGCAGGACUGGAUCAUCGCCCCUCAGGGCUACAUGGCUAACUACUGUCAUGGGGAGUGUCCCUUCCCACUCAGCGAGAGCCUAAACGGAACGAACCAUGCCAUUCUGCAGACCCUUGUGCACUCCUUCGAUGCUGCAGGGACACCCCAGCCCUGCUGUGUUCCCAUCAAACUGUCCCCUAUUUCUAUGCUGUACUACGACAACAAUGACAACGUUGUCCUCCGCCAUUAUGAGGACAUGAUAGUGGAUGAAUGUGGAUGCAGAUGA